UAUGUGAAACAGUUUAUUCAGGACAGUAGUAAAUAAAAAAUAACAUGCAAUUUUCAUGAUCCUUCUUAAUUUGUUAAAAUAACUAACAUUUCUGCAUACUUUUGAGCUCAGGUUUGGAGUCAACGAUGGAUUUUGUAGCAUAUCUAUUUACGCAGAAGUGCCGGAUAACAUUGAAAUUCAUUUUCUGUGCUGAUAAAACACAAGUUAGGAUUGUCAGGAGCAAAGAAGUUGAUACUAGAGCUGAAGGACGACGUGGGUCAGAGGCUCCAUCACUUCUUUAAAACAGUGCCCUUGAAAGCCACACACACACACACACACACACACAGAGGAAGCCUUGGCAGCAACACCAAACAGAAAGAAAACAGUCAUUCCCGCGUGGAUAAAUACAUCCAUUUAUGCUUUGACUGGCUCCGUUCUGCUUCUAUGAUAGAGGAGGGAUGGUCUUUUUAAUAUUGGACUCACAUAAUGUUUCUGUUGUGCUGUCUUGCCUAAGAGAAAUUUUUUAUAAAUGUGGGGGGGAAAUGCAAAGAACAGCACUAGUCCAUUACCAUAAUAAGGGAGUAAUGAUGUUGUAAAUUGUGAUGAUUGCAAAAUUAUAUGAAUUUAUUUUCUAUUAUACAUGCGAUUUCUGUAAGAGAUAGUUGUCGUGAUUGUUGUGAUAGGCUGCAGACUGCUGAGCGCGAGGGAGAGUGAGUACGUGAUGAGGGAUUUUAAAACAGUCGCUUUAUUAUGGGAGAGAGAGAGGGAGAGGGAGAGAGUGAUGCGAUAACAGCGUUUGCCCUGUUCAUAUUUGACUCAGAGCUUGUCAUUGAACACCGACAGACUCACACAGCGCAGGAAAGAAAGUCCACGCAUUAAGAUCGACAUUGCAAGGGCAUCCAACCCUCGGUGGGAAACUGAGUAAAACGUUUCACCAGCACCAAAACACAGAAGCUCUGCUAGAUAGAGGGAGAUACAUAAAGUGAACACAACAGUGACUGACGCACACUCUCCAGAGCUGGAUGAAGGCGGUGUAAUGGAGGAAUAAGUGAAGGAGAGUGAGAAGAGAAGAACGAAAGAAUGCAGACAUCUGGAAAGCGAACACGUCUUUUCAUCAGUUGUUGUUUAAAGUAAUACAUCGCAAUAAGACGACAUGAUUGACAGGAGGCUGCUCCUAUUGGUGUCCCUCUGUUUUGUAGGAGGAGCCUGCGUCAGUAAGAUUGUUCGGAGAAGAGGGGUGAGCUCAAUUCAGACCCAGCGUACAGGAAAUGGAGCAACUGACCAAUGGGACACAAGCUUGGAGAGGAAUGGAAAUACAAUGACAAGACUCAAAGAACUGAUUGGUCCUGAGGAAAUUGAAGAGCAGAUUACAGCUCACCAGAGCCAUGGAGCUUCUCCCAUCUUCACCAAGGAACACUUUGUUGGGUUCAAUGCCAAACCACCUGUACAAGUAAAGGAGGACUCCGAUCAAGUGGAUUUUAAGGUACAAGCACCAGUUGAUGACACUUUAGAGUUAAAAAGGAGCAGAAAUAGCACAAGAAAAGGUGGAAGAGUUGACAAAUGGAUCCCAAAGCACCACAGGACAACCUCUGGCAUGCACUUCAAUAGAACAAGAUUCAAAAUCCCACCAAGAUCCAGAUCGAGUUCAAAUUUUGCCAUUCACACUACAGCAGGUACAAAGGUAGUCACUCCAGAUUCGCCUCGAAAAUUGAAUCUCACUGGAAGCUUAUUAAAACUAAUAUCUAAAGAAAACCUUGUUCGGAUUGUGAAUUCCCAGCUUCAGAGUGUUCCAGGUCUGAAUAUUCCAGGCAAAAUGAGUCACAGCAGGAAAAGGGAUCUGAUCAACAUGGAUCACAGUCAGAUGGAGGCGCUCAAACUGAAAAAACAAGACAGGACAGGCGCUCCUGAACUUUAUAACGCGGAUAACCAGACUGCGGAGCUACAUUCAAGCACUUAUACAAAUGUCAGUCUGAAUUCGGAUCAGACUGUUCACACUCUCUUUAAACAAUUCAAUAUGAAUCCAGGAGAGGAGGACAGGAAAACAGGCGAGGCGAGAGGUGUACCAGUCACUGCUUCGUGGAAGUACAAACACUUCACGACUCACAUAGCAUCAACUCUCCAAAGUGAGAUCGUGACCAGCACCGAGACGAAUCCCUUCGCUGGUCAGAGAGAUAUGGGCGUAUCACACACUCCAUCUCAGAUCGACUCAGGACUUCGACCUGAUGUUUUCAGCUCGCUGACUGAAAGGAGUCUUGAUUUUAAAGAGGAAUCAGAUCAGAGCGUUCUUAUGCCUUUCAGUGUCACUCAGAAUCCAUUGAUUAAAAUUUCAGAACCCAUUGACAGCAGCCACAUCCUAAAACUCCCACCAGAUCCAGAUUGGGGAAGAAAGGAGGUGGAGGAGAGCGGAGAGAUGACUGUGGACUCUCGCCUUGGCAGAGGUGGACAGGGCCUUGUUUUCCAGGAAAUGGAUGAGGAUGAAGAUGAGGGGCGCAAUCAACAAAAAGGGCAAAUUUCUCGAUCCAGAAGAAGACGAAGCUGGAUCUGGAACCAGUUCUUUGUCAUCGAGGAGUAUGCUGGUCCAGAACCAGUGCUCAUUGGAAGGCUUCACACUGACAUGGACAGAGGUGAUGGACGAACUAAGUACGUGCUGCGGGGUGAGGGGGCAGGGUCAGUGUUCGUGAUUGACGAGAAGACGGGCAACAUCCACGUAACCAAGCCCUUGGACCGGGAGGAGAAGGACGAAUACCGGCUGAUUGCCACGGCAACAGACAGUCAGACGGAGCGUGCCCUGGAGCCCUCCUCCCAGUUCAUCAUUAGAGUGCAAGAUAUCAACGACAACCCACCUGUCUUCGAGGACGGACCCUACAGCGCCACAGUACCCGAGAUGGCGAACAUAGGGACCUCCAUCAUCCAGGUGACGGCUUCAGAUGCAGACGAUCCCACGUAUGGGAACAGCGCCCGGCUGGUGUACACGCUAGUUCAGGGGCAGCCGCACUUCUCGGUGGAUCCUCAGACAGGCAUCCUGCGCACUGCAGUUCCUGAUCUGGAUAGAGAAGCGCAGGAUCAGUAUCUGGUGGUCCUGCAAGCUAAAGACAUGGGCGGACAUCUUGGUGGCCUGUCAGGAACCACUACGGUUACUGUACGAUUGACGGACGUCAACGACAACCCUCCGCGCUUUAUACAAAGUUCCUGGCUCUUCUCUGUGUCAGAGUUGGCCGUGCCAGGGGCGGAGGUGGGUCGGAUCUCCGCAACAGAUGCUGACUUGGGAGACAAUGCCAAGCUGGAGUAUACCAUCCUGGACGGAGAGUCAGGGGACACCUUUAACAUCACCGGAGCCAACCAAGAGGCCGUGAUCAUUCUGAACAAGGCGGUGGACUACGAGAGCCGUAGCUCCUACUCUUUCUCAGUGGAGGUUCUGAAUCCCAUCGUUGACCCUCGAUUCCUGCGGCGUGGGCCUUUCAAAGACCGCGCCUCGAUCAGAGUGGCUGUGCUGGAUGCAGACGAGCCCCCUCGCUUCUCACGGGCACGGUACCGAAUGGAUGUGUCUGAGAACUGCCCACCGGCGUGCACAGUGGGGCGGAUCAGUGCCGUGGACCCAGAUACAGGGCUCACAAACAACAUCAGGUUCUCCAUCGAUCCUCAGUCUGACCCAGAAGCUCUGUUCCGGAUCACUCCAGACACUGGGCUCAUCACUACAGUGACAGAGCUGGACCGAGAGCACGAGCAGUGGCAUAAUCUCACCAUCAUUGCCACACAGAGAGAUAACCCCAGCCAGGUGUCCAGAGUGGUAGUUGCCAUAGAAACGCUGGAUUUAAACGACAAUGCUCCAGAGCUGGACAGGCAGUACAACACGGCCAUGUGUGACUCGGCCUCCACUGGACAGGUGGUGCAGGUGUUGCGGGCGAUUGAUAGAGACGAGGGAGGAAAUGACAGCACCGUCCAUUUCAACAUCCCUCCGGACUCCAAAGCUGCCCUUAACUUCAGCGUCAGGGAGAGUGGAGGCCCCACUGCUAGUUUGGUGUUGGCGUCACCUUUGCAGACACUGUCUCGCUCUACUUCUUCCUCCCUCACACUCUAUGUCCCGCUGGUCCUGAGGGACGGGGUCUCCGGUUUGACCAGCACCGGGACCGUCACAGUGUCCGUGUGUCCCUGUCUGAGAGGUGGAGCCCGGGCCGGAGAGAAAGAGAAGCAAAGUGAGGCGGAGUGGGACAGAGAGACGGUUUGUUUGCCCCAGCACUCCUCUUUGCCCUCCCCUGGACUCAGCACUGCCGCCCUGCUGGCCAUUUUAGCCUGUGUGGCCACUCUUUUGGCUGUCAGUGCUUUGUCUCUGUCCCUGCGGAGGCAGAAAAGGGACUCGCUCUCGCCUUUAGAGGAGGAUGAUGUAAGAGAGAACAUCAUCACGUAUGAUGAUGAAGGAGGGGGUGAGGCUGACACGGCUGCAUUCGACAUCACAGCGCUGCAGAGCGCCCCACAUAACGCCCGCAGGGGCUACCGCACCCUGGACAGCAGGAACAUACGUUAUUCACAACACAGUCAGGAAAAGGCUCGUACGUACAGCAGCUGGGCUCAGGCUGGAGCGAUUGAUCCGGGGCAGUACACCAGUCAAGCAGCCCCUCUAUACGGACGGUUCUGCUACAGCAGCCACACCCUCCCAGUGCUGCGUCGCUCACAGGGCCCGUACGAGCCCGGCUUAUCUGAGCUGGCUUACCGCUUUCCUGGGAAUCAACCAGACCACUCUCUAGUCAUUCAAAACCAGGCGGCUGUGGUCGGCCCUCUGGAGCCUGGGGCCAUUUACGUGCCAACAGCAGAGACUGGUCACGGCUCUAAAGAAGGGACAGCAUCUCAGGACGGAGCUACCACAUCUGAGGGAGGAACGCCAAGGAAAAAUGACUUGAAGGAUGAUGCAAGCAGUGAUGCCCAGCAGAGUCAGAGUCAAAGCCAGGAUCUGGAUUGGGUCCAGCCAGACACAGCCCCCCGCGAACGAGAGCUGGUAUUGACCCGUUCCGGUUCGGUCGCUGGGCCCGGCACCGCCGGGGGGUGGGUGUGCGACUCCGCCACGCUCCCCCGAUCUGGACGGCACUCCUCGCGGGGCAGCCUUUCCCUAAGUAGGAGCGGCGCAGGGCCUGCCGAGUCCAACCACCCUGGGAUGGCUGAAGCUGCUAACGGAAGCACAGAAAUGCAGUCGGUCAGCGGCAACUACGCCACCAUCCUGCAGGGGGAGCAGCAGAGGGACUACCCGGGGACUCUGGGACGGGGCGGGCUGGAGAUGGGCAGCGGCUUUGUGGUGGGCAGGCCCGAGAGAGAGGCCAGCAUUCCGCUGAGCACCGGGAUGUAUCCGGAGGGUGGCGGGUUCAUAGGAGACUGGCACGAACGGGUAGGCAUAACUGGGUACCCGCUGGGCAGGAGGGAUAUGACACCCCAACUGCUUCCGUACCCUGGCCAAGGCCGGGGGGCUUUUGGGGGCAUCCUGGGUUAUGGCGGAGCGUGGCCCUCAGCACCCGAGGCGUCAGGAAGAGGUGGUGCUCACUCUCUCGCCCUAAGGGUCGGCGAGUUCCUGCGUCUGCGGCUGGCGCAGGUGACCUUUGACCCCUCGCAGCCGCCGUACGACUCGGUGCAGGUGUACGGGCUGGAGGGCACAGGCUCGCGCGCCGGGUCCCUCAGCUCCCUGGACAGCGAAGGCAGCAAAGACGCCGAGAAGGAGGUGUGGGGAGCAGGUCUGGAGGAUUGGGGCCCGCAAUUCCAGAAACUAGCCCAGCUUUUUAGGGAAAGGGAGAAGGAGAAUGAUGAAGAUAAAGAAAGGGAUGUAGAGGCCAGCAAAAAGCACAAGGACAGGGAAUGGAAAGAGAAGGAGGAGCAGUCUGGAGAUGAGGAGCAGGCGAAUGUCUGAGAGAAAGAGAGCGAGGAGGAGAGGGGUUGGGUGGGACAGUGAUUAAAAGGCAACAAGAGCUGGAAUAAUGAAAAGUGAAGGGUAAGGAGGGAGAGACGAAGAGGAAAGGUAAUAAGGGAAGACAGGGAAAAAUGAACAGAGAGAGCAGAGGCAGUGGAGAGAGUGAUUGAUGCAAUUUGAAGCAAUAAGUGCUGAAAAGCUGAUGUGUGAGCACAGCCAGAGCCGUGUUUCUUUAGCCAGCAUUUAACAUUCCUUAAGUGUGUUUGGCAGUGAGCGAAAAGCAAAGUUCACUGUAUUCCAGAUCACAUUUAAUUACGACUGAGAAAGUAAGAGGUUUGAACUCGGAUUUUUGUGGCAGAGAGCAAGACAAUGGCGCCAAAGGAGGAGGGGAGAAACGCAAGGCCGGAAUAGCAGAUGAAGUUAUGGCAACACACGAGGGAGUAGGAAAAUUAAUGUUUGUACAGAAAUUGUUUAUACAUUCACAAAAGCGAGAGAACUGAAUUAUUCAAAAGAAAGCACUGAAUAUUACAGUAAAGUCCUGAAUAAGUGUCUGCACAAAGAUUCUUGGUGUUUACACAUACACACAAAAACAAACACGCAUCAAUUUUAAACCCUGCUUGGAAAAAGUCUGCAUUGCAGAUGUCUCAUUGUCAGGGUUCAAAAUGACUUACAUUUCUGCCAAGAACAGAUUGUAUACAAAGUUGCUCAAGAAAAAGAAAAAAAAAUAUGACAAAGUUAAAAUGUAGGAUGCUAAAAUUGUGCAAAACUUACGCACAAACAACCAUUACUUGUCUAAAAAAAAAAUCCCACAUUUAAAAGGUGAAGGUGAUUUACAGUACGAGAGCUGACGGGUCUGCUUCAGCUAGAAUGCACUUUUAUACAUGAUGUUCAAAAACAGAUUACAAAUGGUGUUGUUGUUUUUUUUAUUGGAGGAAAAAACAUGAAGAAAUGUUCUAUGUAAAUGCAUUUAAUUGUAAAUAUCACUGAAUGCCAUUGUGAAAAGUGUCAACAGUACUGUAGUCUUCAAGCAACAAAAAAUAAUAGAUUAAUAAAAUAAAAACAGAGGAGAAUAUUAUAUACAAUGCCACAUCGAAAUCCACUGGAUGUAACAGAAAGCACUGGAUUGACUGAAGCAGAAUAAACCCUGCCAUUUACGGUACGACGUCGGAUUCGGAUGUGUCGCUGUUUCCCAAACGGAACUUAUUUUUUUUAUUAUUGAAUGCGAAAGGUCCAAAUAAAUGUAUUUAAAAGUCCUUUUUCUGGGUUGAGCACACACUCUGCAUUGAUAUCCCGAUUAAUCGCACUGUUUUUGGCCACGAGGACUCACUGUGACUGGACUGAACCAGAACCACUGUAUCACUGCACAGUCAUGCGCACCAGUACCAGGGGGCUUUAUGCAGUACAAACCCACACCCAAAUAUCAUGCUCUGUCAAAAGCAUGAGCCUAUAAGUAUUAUAUGAAAUAUUAAUGUAGAUGUUUUUGUAUGAUAAGUAUCAUUACAGAAUGACAAAUCCCCCUGGAGCUUAUUUGAACAGGACUAUCCUAACAUAGUGUCUACACUGGACGUGUAGAAAAGCAAAUAGAGGCCAGGUUAUUAUAAUCAGUGAUGCUGUCUACACUGGAUGCGGCGGGAGUUUUUAGAUUGACACCAACUGUAAACUGAUGGCCUGUUAAAUGGACUACUUGCACAACUCUUUCCGUGUUCUUCUUAUUACAGCUUGGGAGCUUCCGGUCAGCGUUCAGCACACCUAUACAGAUAGCUUCUCAUGGAAAUGCAGAUUAUUACUACGUUUUAGGGCUGCUGCCAAAUGUUUUUUCAAUUGUAUAUUUUUGAAUGGCGCAACGUGCAAUAUGGCAGAAUAAGUCCCGCCUUCUAAAUAAGAGCCAAUCGCGAUUCGUAAAGUCAUUGCGUCACUGCAGCAGCCGUUAGAAGCUCCGGUUCCUUUAGAAACAGUCAGCAUGCACUUAGGACUGCGCAUGCGCAUUAGCUUAGUCCAGCCUGAAAAAUACAGUUUUUUGUCAUGAUUUGAGCGUUUAGAAACAAAAUUUAUGAGACAGUUGUUGACAGAUUUCAUUGGUGAUUUCAA